AUGCAAAUCACCAAUACCCGUGUCUACACAGUACCAUCAGACAGUGAAUCAGAAUCUGAUUACGAGGACUACAAGGUUUACACACCAAAAACCAGGGUUUUAACCCAACAGCAGGAAACGCAACUGAUCAAAUUGGGAUGUGUCUAUAACCCAGUGGAGGACUACAAGCGUUCUCAUUUGUACAAGAAUCCCAAAGUCUAUGAUCAGCAAUUUGCAUCAAGCAUGCAACAGCAUCAAUCCGAGCUGAAGAAGGACAUUGAGCGAUUGCUGGCACAACAGCGGCAACAGCAGCAGGAAGAGCUGAACAAAUUGAAAAGCAUGCUAUCCACAUUGACUGUGUCCAGCUCAAAAGACGAUCAGGAUGACGAUAAAGCAUUUGAAGAAGAACUGACAAAGCAACGCAAAUUAAUCGACGACGCCAUCGCACUCGACAAGAAGAAAUCGGAAAAUGCAACUGCUGAAGCAGAAGCAAAGGCUAAAGCCAAGGUAGAAAAAGAAAAGCGGGAGCAGGAGGAGAAGGAGAAGAAGGAGCAAGAAGCCAAAGCACUGAAGGAAAAGAAAGCAAAGCAACUAGAGAUGCAAAAGAUGGCUCAAUCAUCCGCUGUUUCGCCUCAAGGAUUGGAGGAAUACAAGAAAUACUUUGAAAAGAUUGAAUACUACAAGACCAACAUUAGACCCAAACUACAAAACGACGUCUUUCGCAAGCAGUGUUUCCAAGCUAAAUUGGUCAUUAAGCGCACAGUGUCUCAACUGCAGGCAGAGCAUAGAGUGAUUGUAGAGAAGUUCAAUACACUAAACAACCAUCUUUUGGGCAUCAAACAACAAUCGCCAGAGGCAUUUGAAUACAUGUUGAAUCAGCUUGCCAAGUUCUUACUGGCACAGGCAAAGCAGGAGAUUCAUGCUACAGCAUUUGCAGCUUAUUUCCUGGCAAGAUUCGCUUACCUCAUGUGCAGUUCCAUUUCAGAAUUCUUACCGUACCUUAUGGGCCGUUUAAUGAAGCGUUGUCCUUAUCUGAUUCCUCAGUACCAUGAUGAUGAUCCAUCACUCUCACACGAUGAGAUCAAAUCAAGGUUACGUUACGCUAUCAAAAACAAGGAGAAAAAGACGCUGGAGACGUUUUUAGAGCAUGCUGAAGGACAGAAAUGUUAUGUGAUGUUUUACGGUGCCUUAUGUCAAACAUUACCAGAUCCAGGACAGCCUGAAAACCCUUUCCCCAUCAAGCAUGCUUGGAUCUGGUUGGCCCGUAUAUGUAAUAUGCCUCCUCGUGAAAUCACGCCCAUCCUCGUCAAUGGCCUUUUAGAAGUAUCAGCUAUUCGAUUACUACAGGCUUAUCCCAACCAAACCGCCAAAUUAUUCCGAUUAAUUAGAGAGACCAUCUGCCCAUUGUAUCCCAUCAGUUCUGCGCAAGAGAAUGUCGCUGGUAUCAAACGUUUGGAAAUGUUCCUGGACGAUUACUUUCGAACUGGUCAACCCGAAUGUGUGCCUGAAAAGCUGCCGCCCACUGUAUAA